AUGGGCAACGAGGCGAGCUUGGAAGGGGAAGGGCUUCCCGAAGGGCUGGCGGCGGCAGCAGCGGCGGCUGGAGGAGGGGCUGGCGGGGCGGGGAGCCCCUUGCACACCGUGACUCCGGCCGGCAUGGAGGCGGAUCUGAGCCAGCUGAGCGAAGAGGAGAGGAGACAGAUCGCUGCUGUCAUGUCAAGGGCGCAGGGGCUGCCCAAGGGAAGCAUUCCUCCGGCCUCUGCGGAGCUGCCUUCCAUGCACAGGAAACAAGAGCUGGAUAGUAGUCAAUCUCCAAAGCAACCAGGAAAACCGCCGGACCCUGGGCGUCCAGUUCAGCCUGGUCUCAGUAAAAGUAGAACUACAGACACUCUGAGGUCAGAGCAGAAAUUGCCUGGAAGGAGUCCUUCCACUAUUAGCUUGAAAGAAUCGAAAUCCAGAACUGAUUUUAAGGAAGAGCACAAGUCUAAUAUGAUGUCUGGCUUCCUCUCAGAGGUUAAUCCUUUAAGUGCUGUCUCCUCUGUUGUAAAUAAAUUCAGUCCUUUUGAUUUGAUAUCAGACCCUGAUGCCUCCCAGGAAGAAGCCGCCAAGAAACAAAAAAUAUCUCAGAAGGAACAAGGAAAACCUGAAGGAAUCACAAAGCCUCCAUCACAACAACAGUCACCCAAGCCAGUUCCUCAGCAGCCAGGACCUGUGAGGGCCUUGCUUCAGCAGGACGGUUCUCCCAAAUCAGUAUCUCCUCAGCAGCCAGAAAAAAUUAAAUCACAACCUCCAGAAACAGGAAAGCCAACUCAGGGUCUCACCCAGGCUCCUCAGACAGACCAGGCAAAAUUGCCACUUCAGAGAGAUGCAGCCAGGCCUCAGACUAAACAGACAGAUACAGUAAGGGGAGAGUCAGUUAAACCCUCGCUGCAAAGCCCAUCCAAGCCACCUAUUCACCAAGUAAGUCCUGGAAAGCCUCCAGCCCAGCAGCCUGGACCUGGAAAACUUUCCACACCACAGCCUGGGCCUGCAAAGCCCUCAGCUCAGCAGCCAGGGCCAACGAAGGCCCUAGCUCAACAGCCAGGGACCCCAAAGCCCCCAGCCCAGCCACCAGGAACAGCAAAGCCUGCAGCUCAGCAGCCUGGUCCAAAGUCUCCAGCUCAGCCUCCUGGGGCUGCAAAGACUCCAGCUCAGCCUCCUGGGCCUGCAAAGACUCCAGCUCAGCCUCCUGGGCCUGCAAAGACUGCAGCUCAGCCACCAGGGCCAGCAAAGCCCACGGCCCAACAGCUGGGGACAACGAAAUCCCCGGCUCACCAACCUGGGCCACAGUCUCCAGCUCAGCCACCUGGGCCUGCAAAGACUGCAGCUCAGCAGGUUGGGCCAGUGAAGCCUCAGGUCCAGCAGCCUGGGCCAGGCAAGACUCCAGCGCAACAGCCUGGCCCAAUGAAGCCCCCUCCUCAGCAGCCUGGUCCAGCAAAGCCCCCUCCUCAGCAAUCUACAAAACCAGUAAGCCAAACAGGGAAACCUCUGCAGCCACAAACUUUUCCAUCUGCAGCACAGACUCCAGUACAAGGCCUCCCCAAAACCAUCUGUCCUCUUUGCAAUACCACUGAACUUCUGUUGCAUGUUCCAGAAAAGGCCAAUUUUAACACAUGCACUGAGUGUCAAACCACUGUUUGUAGCCUCUGUGGUUUUAACCCUAAUCCUCAUUUAACUGAGAUAAAAGAGUGGCUCUGUUUAAACUGUCAGAUGCAGAGAGCUCUAGGAGGUGACCUGGCUCCAGUUCCAUCAUCACCCCAGCCCAAACCGAAGACCACCUCAGUUCCUACAUCAGCAGUGAGCAAGCCAACCUCACAGUCACAGCAGAUUUCUCCAAAGAAAGAUACUACACCCAAACAGGAUGUCUCAAAGGCACCUGAGUCUAAAAAGCCCCCACCACUAGUGAAACAGCCAACCCUUCAUGGCUCCCUCCCAGUCACAGCCCAGCAGCCUCCCGUGGCAGAGUCCUCCUCCAAGCCAGCCCCUCCCAAAGAGCCUUCGGUCCCAUCUGAACAGGCCAAGGUCUCCGUGGCUGAUGAUAAACCAAAGCAGCCCAAGACAGGAAAGCCAGCCACAGACAUUGUGUCUUCAUCGUCAACAGCAGCAAAACCGGAAAGCAGUCAAGAGAAAGCAAUUCCUUCUCUAAAACCAGACUCUGCCAAACCCUCACAGAGUUUUCCACCAACAGGAGAAAAAGUCACCCCAUUCGAUUCUAAAGUCAUACCUCGACCUGCAUCAGAUUCAAAACUUAUUUCACAUCCUGGGCCUAGUUCAGAGAGCAAAGGUCAAAAACAAGUUGAUUCAACUCAGAAGAGGGACGACCCCAAGAAAGCACAAACCAGAAUGAGUCCUAAGCCAGAUGCCAAGCCUAUGCCAAAAGGGGCACCAACACCCCAAGGUCCACGACCUUCCACUGGCCAAACUGCCCCAUCUCCACAGCCCCCGAAACCUCAGGAGCAGUCGAGACGUUUUAGUCUGAAUCUGGGAAGUAUUUCUGAUGUCCCUAAAUCACAGCCCACAACUCCUCAAGAAACAGUGACUGGGAAACUCUUUGGGUUUGGAGCAUCCAUUUUCAGCCAGGCAUCAAAUCUUAUCUCCACAGCAGGCCAGCCUGGGUCUCAUUCACAGGGUGGGCCAGUGGCCCCGACAAAACAAGUCCCUCCUUCACAGCCACCUACUUCUCAGGGGCCACCCAAAUCCUCAGCACCACCUGCACCUGCAAAGGUUAUACCUGUGAAAAAGGAAACCAAAGCUCCAGUAGCUGAAAAAUUAGAGCCCAAAGCUGAACAAGUUUCAACAGUAAAAAGAACAGAAACAGAAAAGAAGCCUCUGCCUACUAAGGACAGUAAACCUUCAACAGCCGAGCCUCAAAAAGCUGUUCUUCCCCCCAAACUGGAGGAAACCCCCAAACCAGAAUCAGCCUGUCCUCUCUGCAAAACUAAACUCAACAUAGGUUCUGAGGAUCCUCCUAACUUCAAUACUUGCACUGAAUGCAAGAAACAAGUGUGUAAUCUCUGUGGAUUUAACCCUACACCACACUUGACUGAGAUUCAGGAAUGGCUUUGUUUAAAUUGCCAGACCCAGAGAGCAAUAUCAGGACAGCUUGGAGACAUGGGCAAAAUGCCACCUACACAGACAGGACCAAAAGCCUCUCCUAUGCCUGUCCCUACAGAACAACCGUCUCAGAAAAUAGUAAUGCCUGCCCAGGUAAAAGUGAAAAAGAGGGAACAAGAAGAAAAAACUGAAGGUGAAAAAAUCAUUCCAGAAGAAGUGAAAGAAACACCUUCAGUUGAAAAAAUUCCCCCGAAGGGAACCACAGAGCAAAUCCGAGAAGAGAGUAAACUAGAGAAAGACAAAACUUCAGCCCCUCAAGAAAAGAAGCCAACCUCUGAAGACAAAAAGCCACUCCUAGAAGAAAAAAAGCCACCUCUUGAAGAAAAAAAGCCAACUCUUAAAGACAAAAGGCCAGCUCUUGAAGACAAAAAGUUACCCCCAGGAGCAAAAACAUUAGCUCUAGAGGAGGAACAGAAGUAUGACUUACUUAAAACUCAAGUACAGAUUGCUGAAGAAAAACCUGAAGGCAGAGUGGCUCCAGAGGCAGUGCAAGAAAAGAAACAACCACUGACCAAGAUGGAAGAUUUACCAUCUGGCACACCUCAGAGUUUGUCUAAGAAAGAUGAUGGGAUGACUCAAAAAAUAAAAGAACAACCACAGGCAGCAUGCUCGGCAAAGCCUGAUCAGAUGGAACCUAGGAAGGAAAAAACAGAAAAGGAAGAUGACAAAUCAGACACUUCAAGUAUUCAGCAGCCGAAAAGCCCACAAGGUCUGAGUGACACAGGAUAUUCUUCUGAUGGAAUAUCAAGUUCGCUUGGUGAAAUUCCAAGUCUUAUUCCCAGUGAUGAAAAGGAUUUGCUCAAGGGACUCAAAAAGGACUCCUUUUCACAAGAAAGCAGCCCAUCCAGCCCCUCAGAUUUGGCUAAGUUAGAAAGUAUGGUCCUAUCCAUUUUGGAAGCUCAGGCAAGUACACUUGAAGAAAAGUCAGAAAAGAAAACAGAACCCCGCGAGGUUUCUCCUGAGCAGCCUAAGGACCAACAGAAAACUCAGAGUGUAGCCGAAACACUGGAAUCUACAGUUUCAGAGGAGCUUAAAGAGAGUCAAGAAGUAAAAGACACUGUUAAGAAAGAGAGCCAACAAGACAUCCCUUCCAGAAAGGACCAUGAAGAAAAGUCUGAAUUUGUUGAUGAGUUGCCUACUAGAAGGCAGCCGUAUGAUUCAAUUGAAGACAGUAGCGAAAGUGAAAACUCACCUGUUCCACAAAGAAAACGGAGAACUAGUGUUGGUUCAUCAAGCAGCGAUGAAUAUAAACAUGAAGAUAGUCAAGGAUCAGGUGAAGAAGAAGACUUCAUUCGAAAGCAAAUCAUAGAAAUGAGUGCUGAUGAAGAUGCUUCAGGUUCUGAAGAUGAUGAGUUCAUUAGGAACCAGCUCAAAGAGAUUAGUAGUAGUAUUGAAAGCCAGAAGAAGGAAGAAACCAAAGGGAAGGGAAAAGGAACAGCAGGGAAACACAGGCGACUGACGCGAAAAAGUAGUGCAAGCUUUGAUGAUGAUGCAGGGAGACGCCAUUCAUGGCAUGAUGAAGACGAUGAGACCUUUGAUGAAAGUCCUGAACUUAAAUACAGAGAAACUAAAAGUCAGGAGAGUGAAGAACUUGUAGUUGCCGGAGGAGGAGGGCUACGUCGAUUUAAAACGAUUGAACUCAAUAGCACGAUCGCAGAUAAAUACUCUGCAGAGUCAUCACAGAAAAAAACAGCUUUGUACUUUGAUGAAGAGCCAGAAUUAGAAAUGGAAAGCUUGACAGACUCUCCGGAAGAUCGGUCAAGGGGGGAAGGAUCUUCUAGUCUUCAUGCUUCCAGCUUCACUCCUGGCACAUCCCCUACAUCAGUUUCGUCACUUGAUGAGGACAGCGACAGUAGCCCGAGUCACAAAAAAGGAGAGAGCAAACAGCAACGCAAAGCUCGACACAGAUCGCAUGGCCCUCUUUUACCUACGAUUGAAGAUUCUUCAGAGGAAGAAGAAUUGAGAGAGGAAGAAGAAUUAUUGAAGGAGCAAGAAAAGCAACGGGAAUUAGAACAGCAGCAAAGAAAGAGUUCUAGUAAGAAAUCAAAGAAAGACAAAGAUGAACUUCGAGCUCAGAGAAGGAGGGAAAGACCAAAGACACCACCCAGUAAUCUCUCUCCCAUCGAAGAUGCGUCUCCAACAGAAGAAUUACGUCAGGCUGCAGAAAUGGAGGAGCUCCAUCGAUCUUCUUGUUCUGAAUAUUCACCUAGCAUAGAGUCAGACCCAGAAGGCUUUGAAAUAAGCCCAGAAAAGAUAAUCGAAGUACAAAAAGUUUAUAAAUUGCCCACAGCUGUGUCUUUAUACUCACCGACAGAUGAGCAAUCUAUUAUGCAGAAAGAAGGUAGCCAAAAGGCAUUAAAAAGCGCUGAGGAGAUGUAUGAAGAAAUGAUGCAUAAAAGCCAGAAAUAUAAAGCUUUUCCAGCUGCAAGUGAACGAGAUGAAAUGUUUGAAAAAGAGCCUUUGUACGGUGGGAUGUUAAUAGAGGAUUAUAUUUAUGAGUCUUUAGUAGAGGACACAUACAAUGGUUCCAUUGACAGCAGUCUGCUCACGAGGCAAGAAGAAGAAAAUGGAUUUUUACAGCAGAGAGGGAGAGAGCAAAAAAUAAGACUUCCAGAACAGAUUUAUGAAGAUCCCAUGCAGAAAAUUACAGACCUUCAGAAAGAGUUUUAUGAGCUAGAAAGCUUACAUGCUGUUUUGCCUCAAGAAGACAUUGUUUCAAGCUCUUUUAUCAUCCCAGAAAGCCAUGAGAUUGUGGAUCUGGGUAGUAUGGUAUCUUCUACCAGUGAAGAAAAGCAAUUAUUAGAUGCUGAUGCUGCCUAUGAAGAACUCAUAAAAAGAAAACAGAUGCAAUUAACACCUGGAUCCAGCCCAACCCAGCCCCCCAUCAGGGAUGAUAUGACAGAGUCUACUGUGGACUUUGACAGGGUGCCUGAUGCAUCUUUGACAUCAAGUGUUCUCUCUGGAGCAUCUCUUACAGAUUCGACCAGCAGUGCAACACUCUCCAUCCCAGAUGUUAAAAUAACCCAACAUUUUUCAACAGAAGAAAUUGAGGAUGAAUAUGUGACUGAUUAUACAAGAGAAAUUCAAGAGAUAAUUGCUCAUGAGUCACUGAUUUUGACCUACUCUGAGCCUUCAGAAAGUGCUACAUCUGCCCCACCCUCUGACACACCCUCUCUCACAUCAUCUGUUUCUUCAGUUUGUACCACAGAUAGCUCCUCGCCCAUUACUACCCUGGAUAGCAUAACCACAGUUUAUACUGAGCCAGUGGACAUUGUAACUAAAUUUGAAGAUUCUGAGGAAAUUUCUUCAUCAACAUAUUUCCCAGGCAGCAUUAUAGACUAUCCAGAAGACAUAUCUUUAGAUCGGACUACCAUACCAGAUGGUAGAACUAGUGCUGAUCACAUUGUGAUUUCCUUAUCUGAUAUGGAGCCUUCUCUCAUAGAAUCUGUAGGAACUAAACUUGAGGGGCUAAUUGCUGACACUAUUUCCACUGACUUAUCUGUAUCUGAAAAAGAGCCAGUGAAGAAAGCCAAGAAGGAAACAGGGGAUGGAAUUAUUCUGGAAGUUUUGGAAGCUUACAGAGAUACAAGGAAGGAGUCAGAGGCUGAACUAACAAAAAUUAGCCUAUCUGAAACUGUGUUUGAUCAGACACCUUCUUCGCUAACAGCCCUUCCAAUGAAGGAGCAGGUUUCAACUACAUGCUUUUUAUCUGAAGACGUUUUUGGUCAAGCAAAGCCUGCAUCUCAGCUGCCAUCUGGCACUCCUUCUAUCUCCUGUCUUCCAACUAAAGCUCGUCCAUUCCUUCGAAGCUCUUCUUUGGACACAUCAGCCCAACCUCCUCCCCCACCUCCUCCUCCCCCACCCCCUCCUCCCCCUCCACCCCCUCCUCCUCCCCCACCUCUUCCUCCACCAACCUCACCUAAACCAACUAUUCAUCCUAAAAAAAAAUUAACGGUUCCAGCUCCAGUGACUGCGACUACUGCAGCUACACCUCUAGUAGAUUCUGUUACUACAGUAGAGACCACAGCUGCUCCAAGAAAUAAUGGGUUACCUAUAACAAAAAUAUGUACCACUGUACCUCCUCCUGUUCCACCUAAGCCAUCUUCAGUUCCAUCUGGACUUGUAUUUACACAUAGACCUGAGCAAACCAAACCUCCAGUUGCCCCUAAACCAGCAGUUCCUGAACCUCCAUUCACUACCGCAAAACCAACAGAUACUCAGCCCAAACCAACAGGUCUACCUAUAACUUCAAAUAUGACAUUAAAUUUAGUGACUUCAGCAGAUUAUAAAUUGCCUUCCCCUACCUCUCCGCUUUCCCCUCACUCUAACAAGUCCUCGCCAAGAUUUUCCAAGUCCCUCAUGGAAACUUAUGUGGUUAUCACAUUGCCAUCUGAACCUGGGACUCCAACAGAUUCUUCAGGGACUCAGGUUAUUACCAGCUGGCCUUUGGGAUCACCCCCCAAAGAUCUGAUUUCCAUUGAGCCAGUAUUUUCUGUAGUUCCUCCUAUGACAGCUACAGAAAUUUCAAGUUCUUCACAACAGAGCUUGUACAUCUCAGGAGCUUUGGAGACAUUUUCUGCUAUCCCUGUCACAACACUAUCUUCAUUUCAAGAACCCCCAGCUUCAGUUACACAGUUUCUCCCAGCUGAAGUUUCCAAGGCUGAGUUUUCAACAGCCAAAAGUACAAUUGCUAGUACUGGUCUCAGCAGUGUCUCUAUAUCCAUUCCUCCAGAGCCUCUUGCUCUAGAUCACCUCCAUUUAGAGAAACAACAGUAUAAAGAAAAUGUCAAGUUGCAACUUGUUGGUGAUGCUAUUGAUCUGCGUACAGUACCCAAAGUAGAAGUUAAAGUAACUGAAAAAUGUAUGGAUCUUUCUGCUUCCAUGAUGGAUGUGAAGAGGCAGACCACAAGUGAAAUGUAUGGGAGACAAAUUAGUGCUGUCCAGCCCUCUAUUAUAAAUCUCAGUGCAACUUCAUUAGGAGUGACUCCAAUAUCCCUGGUCACCGAGACAGUGACUGUUGUCACGUGCACAGCUACUGCAAGUUACACCACAGGCACAGAAAGCCUAGUGGGUCUAGAACAUGCAACAGCAAUGCCACUCCAGCUCACUACAUCAAAGCAUGUAGAGCCCCCAUGCAGGGUACCAAGUGGCCAGGCCUUUCCUACAGUUAGGGAGGAAGCGCCAAUAAACUUAUCUUUAAGCACUUCUGUACACCCAAUGACAUCAGCUCUUACAAAACCCAUUACUGCACCUCCUGUUGGUGUCACAAAUGGAUGGACUGAUAGCGCCACAUCACAGGGCAUCACUGAUGGGGAAGUAGUGGAUCUCAGUACCUCAAAGUCUCAUAGAACUGUUGUAACAAUGGAUGAAGCUACUUCAAAUGUGGUGACCAAAAUAAUAGAAGAUGAUGAAAAACCUGUUGAUCUGACUGCAGGAAGAAGAGCUGUGUGCUGUGAUGUGGUUUAUAAGUUACCUUUUGGAAGGAGCUGCACGACACAGCAGCCUGCAACGACUCUUCCACAAGAUCGUUUUGGUUACAGGGAUGAUCACUAUCAAUAUGAUCGAGCAGGGCCAUAUGGUUAUAGAGGGAUUGGGGGAAUGAAACCUUCCAUGUCUGACACUAAUUUAGCAGAAGCUGGACAUUUUUUCUAUAAAAGUAAGAAUGCUUUUGAUUAUUCUGGAGGAACUGAUGCAGCAGUAGAUCUAACUUCAGGGAGAAUGACUACAGGUGAGGUAAUGGAUUAUUCAAGCAAGACUACAGGUCCAUAUCCAGAAACACGACAAGUCAUUUCAGGAGUUGGGAUUAGUACCCCACAGUAUUCCACAGCAAGAAUGACUCCACCUCCAGGACCUCAGUAUGGUGUGGGGAGUGUUUUGAGGUCAUCUAAUGGUGUUGUCUAUUCUUCAGUAGCAACUCCAAUUCCUUCCACAUUUGCUAUCACCACACAACCUGGCUCCAUUUUCAGCAGCUCCAUGAGGGAUUUGUCUGGUGUGCACACAACUGACGCUGUGACUUCAUUAUCCGCCCUGCACCAGAGCCAGCCAAUGCCUAGAUCAUAUUUCUUGACAACAGGGGCAUCUGAAACAGACAUUGCAGUGACUGGUGUUGAUAUCAAUGCCAGUUUGCAAACGAUCCCUAUGGAGACUCUGACAGCUGAGACGAUGGACUCAGUUCCCACUUUCACCACAGCAUCUGAAGUAUUUUCUGAAGUGGGAGAGGAAAGUGCGCUUUUAAUCGUCCCCGAAGAAGGUAAGAAACAACAGCAACUGGACUUGGAGCGUGAGCUCUUGGAACUGGAGAAAAUUAAGCAGCAGCGUUUUGCUGAGGAAUUAGAGUGGGAACGGCAGGAAAUUCAAAGGUUCCGAGAACAGGAAAAGCUCAUGGUUCAAAAAAAGCUGGAGGAGCUGCAGUCAAUGAAGCAGCACCUCCUGUAUCAGCAAGAAGAGGAGCGGCAAGCCCAGUUCAUCAUGAGACAGGAGACGUUAGCGCAGCAACAGUUGCAGCUGGAGCAGAUCCAGCAGCUGCAGCAACAGCUUCACCAGCAGCUCGAGGAGCAAAAGAUCCGUCAGAUCUACCAGUAUAACUAUGACCCUUCUGGAACCGCUUCUCCACAAACCACGACAGAGCAGGCCAUUCUGGAAGGUCAGUAUGCUGCCCCAGAAGGUGGUCAGUUUUGGGCAACCGAAGAUACCACCACCACAGCCUCUGCUGUGGUGGCGAUUGAAAUACCACCAAGCCAAGGAUGGUACACUGUUCAGUCGGAUGGGGUUACUCAGUACAUUGCCCCACCUGGCAUCCUGAGUACUGUUUCAGAAAUACCUCUGACAGACGUGGUUGUGAAAGAGGAGAAGCAACCCAAAAAGAGAAGUUCUGGAGCUAAAGUCCGCGGCCACUAUGAUGAGAUGGGGGAAAAUCUGGCAGAUGAUCCCCGCUGCUUUAAAAAGAUAGUGGACAGCGGGGUACAAACUGACGAUGAAGAUGCUGCGGAUCGGAGUUACGUGAGUAGGAGGAGGAGAACUAAAAAGAGUGUCGAUACAAGCGUCCAAACGGACGAUGAAGAUCAGGAUGAAUGGGGUAUGCCUACUAGAUCGAGGAGAAAAGCUCGCGCAGGGAAAUACGGUGACAGCACUACAGAGGCAGACAAGGCCAAACUCCCUUCCAAAGUCUCCAGUAUAGCAGUUCAAACAGUAGCAGAGAUAUCUGUGCAAACUGAACCAGUCGGAACCAUAAGAACGCCUUCGAUACGGGCACGCGUGGAUGCCAAGGUAGAAAUAAUUAAACACAUUUCAGCACCAGAAAAGACUUACAAAGGGGGCAGUUUAGGAUGUCAAACAGAAGCAGAUUCAGACACACAAAGUCCUCAAUAUCUGGGUGCCACAUCUCCACCCAAAGACAAGAAACGCCCAACACCUUUAGAGAUUGGUUAUUCAUCUCACCUUCGGGCAGAUUCCACAUUACAGCUGGCUCCUUCCCCACCCAAAUCUCCAAAAGUCCUUUAUUCACCCAUCUCACCACUUUCACCAGGCAAAGCCUUAGAAUCAGCCUUUGUACCUUAUGAGAAACCCCUCCCUGAUGAUAUAAGUCCACAGAAAGUACUGCACCCCGAUAUGGCUAAAGUUCCCCCAGCAAGUCCUAAGACAGCCAAGAUGAUGCAACGCUCCAUGUCUGACCCCAAGCCUCUGAGUCCAACAGCAGACGAAAGUUCCAGGGCUCCUUUUCAGUAUACCGAGGGCUACACGACAAAAGGUUCUCAAACCACGACACCCUCUGGCACUCAGAAAAAAGUGAAGAGAACUCUGCCAAACCCACCUCCCGAGGAGACCGCCACAGGAGCUCAGUCAACAUACAGCACAGUGGGCACAGUUUCCAGGAGAAGGAUCUGCAGAACCAACACGAUGGCACGAGCCAAGAUUCUCCAGGAUAUAGACAGAGAGCUUGAUCUAGUGGAGAGAGAAUCUGCAAAGCUUAGAAAGAAACAAGCCGAACUUGAUGAGGAAGAGAAGGAGAUUGAUGCCAAGUUACGGUACCUGGAAAUGGGGAUUAACAGGAGGAAAGAGGCAUUGUUAAAGGAGAGAGAAAAGAGAGAGAGAGCCUACCUCCAGGGAGUAGCUGAGGAUCGUGAUUACAUGUCUGACAGUGAGGUCAGCAGCACCAGACCAACCCGAAUCGAAAGUCAGCAUGGCAUAGAGCGACCGAGAACUGCUCCCCAAACUGAGUUCAGCCAGUUUAUACCACCACAAACCCAAACAGAAUCUCAGCUAGUUCCCCCUACAAGUCCUUAUACCCAAUACCAGUACUCUUCCCCUGCUCUUCCUACCCAAGCACCCACCCCAUACACCCAACAAUCCCACUUUCAGCAACAGACUCUGUACCAUCAGGAAGUUUCACCUUAUCAGACUCAGCCAACCUUCCAAGCUGUGGCAACGAUGUCCUUCACACCUCAAGCUCAACCUACACCAACACCACAACCUGCUUAUCAGUUACCAUCACAGAUGAUGGUGAUACAACAAAAGCCCCGGCAAACUGCGUUAUAUUUGGAGCCCAAGAUAACUUCAAACUAUGAGGUGAUUCGCAACCAACCCCUGAUGAUAGCACCUGUUUCUACGGAUAAUACAUAUGCUGUUUCCCACCUUGGUAGUAAGUACAACAGCUUAGACUUGAGAAUAGGAUUGGAGGAAAGAAGUAGCAUGGUAAGCAGCCCAAUAUCAAGCAUAUCUGCAGAUUCUUUCUAUGCAGAUAUUGACCAUCAUACUCCACGAAAUUAUGUCUUAAUUGAUGACAUUGGAGAGAUUACAAAAGGUACAGCCGCUUUAAGCACUGCGUUUAGCCUUCAUGAAAAAGAUCUGUCAAAAACAGACCGUCUCCUUCGAACCACUGAGACACGUAGGUCUCAAGAAGUGACGGAUUUCCUAGCACCUCUGCAGACUUCUUCCAGAUUGCAUAGUUAUGUGAAAGCAGAGGAAGACCCGAUGGAGGAUCCUUAUGAGUUAAAGCUUCUGAAACAUCAGAUUAAACAAGAAUUCCGUAGAGGCGCAGAGAGCUUAGAUCAUCUCGCCGGUCUUUCCCAUUAUUACCAUGCCGAUACUAGCUAUAGACAUUUUCCAAAAUCUGAAAAGUAUAGCAUUAGUAGACUCACACUUGAAAAACAAGCAGCAAAACAACUACCAGCAGCCAUACUUUAUCAAAAGCAGUCAAAACAUAAGAAAUCACUAAUUGACCCUAAAAUGUCCAAAUUUUCACCUAUUCAAGAAAGUAGAGACCUUGAACCUGAUUAUUCGAGCUAUAUGACUUCUAGCAGUUCAUCUAUUGGUGGCAUUUCUUCCAGGGCAAAGCUUCUUCAAGACGAUAUCACUUUUGGCCUCAGAAAAAAUAUUACAGACCAACACAAAUUUUUGGGAUCAUCUCUUGGCACAGGGCUGGGCACAUUAGGAAAUACCAUACGGUCAGCUCUGCAGGAUGAAGCAGAUAAGCCAUACAGCAGUGGCAGCAGGUCCAGACCUUCUUCCAGACCUUCCUCUGUCUACGGGCUUGAUUUGUCAAUUAAAAGAGAUUCUUCCAGCUCUUCUCUAAGACUGAAAGCUCAAGAGGCGGAAGCUCUAGAUGUUUCCUUUAGUCAUGCAUCACCCUCUGGCAGAACUAAGCCUACCAGUUUGCCGAUUAGCCAGAGUAGAGGAAGAAUACCAAUUGUGGCCCAGAAUUCUGAAGAGGAAAGUCCACUCAGUCCUGUUGGCCAGCCAAUGGGAAUGGCCAGGGCUGCAGCUGGACCCCUGCCACCAAUAUCUGCAGACACCAGGGAUCAGUUUGGAUCAAGUCACUCAUUGCCUGAAGUUCAACAGCACAUGAGAGAAGAAUCACGGACUCGAGGCUACGACCGUGACAUAGCUUUCAUCAUGGAUGACUUCCAACAUGCCAUGUCAGACAGUGAAGCCUAUCACCUGCGUCGUGAAGAAACAGAUUGGUUUGACAAACCCAGGGAGUCUCGUUUGGAAAAUGGACACGGUCUGGAUAGAAAACUGCCAGAAAGGUUGGUCCACUCUAGACCACUCAGUCAACAUCAAGAGCAAAUUAUACAGAUGAACGGGAAAACUGUGCACUACAUCUUUCCUCAUGCAAGGAUAAAAAUAACAAGAGACUCCAAGGAUCACACAGUUUCAGGUAAUGGAUUAGGAAUUAGAAUUGUGGGUGGUAAAGAAAUCCCUGGACAUAGUGGAGAAAUUGGAGCUUAUAUUGCCAACAUUCUUCCUGGGGGAAGUGCAGAACAGACAGGGAAACUUGUAGAAGGCAUGCAAGUAUUGGAAUGGAAUGGAAUUCCUUUAACUUCUAAAACAUAUGAAGAAGUGCAGAGUAUCAUUAGUCAGCAAAGUGGGGAAGCAGAAAUAUGUGUAAGACUGGACCUCAGUAUGCUAUCAGAUUCUGAAAAUCCCCAGCACCUAGAACUUCAUGAACCACCAAAAGCUGUGGAUAAAGCGAAAUCCCCAGGGGUUGAUCCUAAGCAGUUGGCUGCAGAGCUCCAGAAGGUCUCGCUACAGCAGUCACCACUGGUUCUGUCAUCCGUCGUUGAAAAAGGAUCUCACGUUCAUUCAGGUCCUACAUCAGCAGGAUCCAGUUCUGUUCCCAGCCCUGGGCAACCAGGGUCACCCUCAGUGAGCAAAAAGAAACACAGCAGCAGCAAGCCUACUGAUGCAGCAAAGGUUGUCUCUCAUCCAAUUACGGGGGAAAUUCAGCUUCAAAUCAACUAUGAUCUUGGAAAUCUCAUAAUACAUAUUCUCCAAGCAAGAAACCUUGUCGCUCGAGACAACAAUGGUUACUCAGACCCCUUUGUUAAAGUGUACCUUCUUCCAGGGCGAGGUCAAGUCAUGGUUGUCCAGAAUGCAAGUGCUGAGUACAAGAGAAGGACUAAAUAUGUUCAGAAAAGUCUUAAUCCUGAGUGGAAUCAAACAGUAAUUUAUAAAAGUAUCUCCAUGGAACAGCUCAAGAAGAAAACACUGGAGGUGACAGUCUGGGAUUAUGAUAGAUUUUCUUCCAAUGAUUUUCUUGGUGAGGUAUUGAUUGAUUUAUCUAGCACAUCUCACCUCGAUAACACACCUAGGUGGUAUCCUCUCAAAGAACAGACUGAAAGCAUUGAUCAUGGCAAGUCCCAUUCCAGUCAAAGCAGCCAGCAGUCCCCAAAGCCGUCUGUCAUCAAAAGCAGAAGCCAUGGUAUCUUCCCUGACCCAUCCAAGGACAUGCAGGUUCCCACCAUUGAGAAAUCCCAUAGUAGUCCCGGUAGCUCGAAAUCCUCAUCCGAAGGCCAUCUCCGCUCUCAUGGACCAUCUCGCAGUCAAAGCAAAACCAGCGUCACUCAGACCCACCUGGAAGAUGCAGGGGCUGCUAUAGCCGCUGCCGAAGCCGCCGUGCAACAACUCCGCCUUCAACCAACCAAGCCCACCAAUCACCGGCCUGCAGAAAGCUCCGUGUCCACUGGCUCCUCGGGCAGCAGCUUUGGCAGUGGGUAUAGCGUGGACAGUGAAGGAAGCAGCAGCACUGCAGGGGACACUAAUCUAUUUCCUAUUCCAAGGACAGGAAAGAUGGGGCAGAAUGGGCAGGAGACUAUAAAACAGCCAGGAGUAGGCGUAGGACUAGCAGACACUGAAGUUAAAACUCAGGUAAUGGGAGAAAUCAAGAUUGCAUUGAAGAAAGAAAUGAAGACAGAUGGGGAACAACUCAUAGUUGAAAUCCUCCAAUGCAGAAAUAUCACCUACAAAUUUAAAUCUCCUGAUCACUUACCAGAUUUAUAUGUGAAAAUAUAUGUGAUGAACAUUUCUACCCAGAAAAAGGUGAUCAAGAAAAAAACAAGAGUAUGUAGACAUGAUCGAGAGCCUUCAUUCAAUGAAACUUUUAGAUUCAGCCUAAAUCCUGCUGGACAUUCUCUUCAGAUUUUACUUUUUUCCAAUGGAGGGAAGUUUAUGAAAAAGACCUUGAUUGGUGAAGCCUGUAUCUGGCUAGACAAAGUGGAUCUCAGAAAAAGAAUAGUCAACUGGCACAAACUUUUGGUCAGUCCUACUCAAACCCACUGA